UCCAGCAAAACCCAAUGCAAACUUGCCCGUGUUGUGAAGACACUCGGAAAAACUGGUUCCCGAGGAGGUAUCAUGCAAUGCCGAGUCGAAUUCAUGGAUGACUCAUCUCGAUCUAUCAUUCGAAACGUCAAAGGAGCUGUCCGAGAGAACGAUAUCUUGGCACUCUUGGAAUGCGAACGAGAGGCCCGGUAA